AUGCUAAUGCAGCUCCAGGGGCCGGCAUAUAGUACAGAGGUCGGCAAGCUGGAUGAGUCACUAGCAUGGCUUGCAAUUAAACAAAUACUGAAACUUAUAGGUUUGCAUUACUUAAACCUGACUCAUAAUCAGGCUAGCACACCUGAUGCGGUCUCAGAGGGUCAUGCCAUCGAGCAACAGCCAAAUCCUGAUACACAGGUCCUGCAGGAAAACCAAUCUCCACUUGAAAUAAAUCAACAAGAUGAAGAUAGUGAGCUGGAAGAGGAGGCCCAAUCAGAUGAUGGCUAUCAGAUGGAUCAGGAGGAACAGUCGGAUGAUGAACACCUUAUAGAAGAAGAGACCCCAAUGGAUGUGGAUGAUGAAUCUGAGGAAGGAGAGGAUGACCCGGUUCCGCCAUCUCCGGACUCGAGUUCGUCGAGUCGCGUGCUGACCACCACCACGACACGCCUGAACGCCCGACGAGCCACCUCGCCACCUCCAGAUCAGGCUGUCAAGCCGCACAAACGACGCCGUGUCAGCAAUGAACCGCCAAGGACGUCGACGAGUAACCGCCACACUUUCGCCAUCAGACUUGCGUCGGAGUGGGCGAAGGCCAUCAGGGCGUACAUUCGGAUGGCAGACGGCACAAGGCCGGAGCGCGGGUUGUCUGAGGCGCAGCAAGUGUGGUUGAAGAUGAAGUGGGCGAUGGGCGAGGUGAACGAGGCGAAGAUGAACAUCUCGCAGAAAGUCGUCACAGUCUCCGGCGUAGGCAAGGCGAUGCGGCGGUUCGCCAAGCUUGAACCGUUGCUCGAGUGGCAGAACAUCGAACCAGCCCACAAGCGGAUACCCAUCCGCCCCACGCCAAUAUUAGAGUGUUGGAAGGAGCGAUUCCUGCUUAGAAACAGCGCAGGAUCGUUGACCGGGACUGAUGACGAUCGAACGCACUCUUCACGUCAGCCGUCGGCGGCCACAGACUGA